UUUUCCUAUUGCACUGUCACUGUCAGGUCACUGUGUCUGUGAAAUCUGAAUUAUAAAAUGUCUAAGAAAAAGCUAUGUGUAGCAAAGUUCUGCCCUAACGUAAGUGAUUCAACUAACAAGAUUUUCAUUAGUGUGCCAGCCCCUGCAGAAAAAAAUAAAAGAAGUGUUUGGCUUAAUGCCUGUGGACGUAAUCCAGCUGAAAUUAAGAACAGUCAUGUAUACGUUUGUGAAGACCAUUUCAAUAUGGAAGUUUAUUGCAAAAACCUGGCAGAGUACAAAAGUGGACACCACAAAAAAAUUUUGAUGAACAAAAAUGUCAUUCCCCACAUAUUUCCAUUACUGAAAUCUCUUGCAACAACAAGCACAUCCAAUUUAGUAGAAGAACCAACAAGUGUUACACCAACAUCCUGCAUUUCUUUUAUCGAAGGAGAUGUUAAUGAAAGAGAACACCUCAAUUUCUGCCACUCAAAUGUCACUGAUUACAUCAGCCAAGAAAAUUUUGUCGAAGAACCAAUAAUUCUUACUCCAACAGCCAGUGGGUUUGUUAUUGGAGAAGAAGUCAAUGAAAGAGUGGUGACCUAUCAGAAUCAGAUUCAUGUAAAAGCUUUGAAGAAGUUAACAAUCUGGAUACCAUGUUAUUUCGAAACACCAGUUUACUUAGAACAAGAAAGUUACUGA